AUGGAUGCCUCUAAAUUUAUCCCCAUCGUUGAUGAGGAUGAUGAGAGGGCUGGAUCAGACGCCCUCAUUGAGGAUUCUGCCAUGAUCAAAAUGGAAAAUGAAUAUUCGGACUCUACCGCUGAUAACGGCUUAAACUCAAGGACCAGAAAUUUGACUCCGCAAAUUUCGAUUGGAAAUACGCUGCCGGCCUCGAAAAUUAGAAAGAUCCUGAAAGAAUAUGAUGAGCUCUCAAUCAUAUCAAAAGACUCUUUGUUCCUGAUAACUGCAGCGACGGAGCUUUUUAUCCAAUACUUUGCAUCGAGGGCAUUUGAGCUUGCAAAGGGAAAAAGAAAAACUGUCCUGUAUAGCGACUUGAUCCAAUUGGCCAAACAAGACGAGCGGUUUAUGUUUGUGUCUAAUGAUAUUGACAAUCCCGAGUUCACUGGACUUUCUUCGUCAUCCACUCAACUUGUAUUCAAAACUAUUGCUGACGUAGAAGAGUCCACUGGAGAUGUUUUUGAAAAAUAG